AUGAGCAACAGUUCUUUAACCAGUUUCGUCAACUCCACGGACAACGACACAAUUUACAACGCAUUAUCUUUUAUAGAUAAACAUACAUUCAACAUUUCAAAUUUUGCCCUCGAUAAUGUUAACUAUGGUUCAAUAUUUACAAAUACAGCAUUGGCUUUGAUUGCAUCAUCAAUCGUUUUCAUUGGAUCAAAUGCGCCAUUAACAAGAGCUGAAAGUGCUCCAGAAGAAAUUGAACAGAAAAAAAUUGAGACAGAAAAGGUUGAAGAAUUACAAGAGGAAUAUUAUCAAGAUUAUGAAAGUGAAGAGUCAGAUGAAGUUGAAGAAGAAGAAGAGGCAGAAAUUGAUCAAGAUUACCAAGGUUAUGCAAGUGACGAGGAUAGUGAUGAGGAGGAGGGAACUGAAUGGGAAAGAAGACAAAAGAGCAGGGAAAUCUUUUAUCAACUCCUUGACUUGGUAGACAACAAAGAUUUAUAUUUGAAUGAAGAAUAA